CAUUUAUAUUGCAACACAAAUUUCUGCACCUGUCACCCACAAAACACAAAAUAACACACAAGCAAAAUGUCUUAGCUUCCGAGCACCAAAUCUCGAGUUUCUUUCUGAAUUCCUUUGAUCGAUACGCAUAUUAUUAUUAUUAUUAUUGCUUUGUUCCCUCUUCUAUUCAAUCGGAGAGACACAAGAACAGUAUCGAGAAAUUGUCGUUCGGUUGCAAAUUACAGCCGACGUGCGUGGGAACAUUUUAUCUGCGGGAAAUUGACAAAAUCCUGAGGCGUUUCGAUCAUUGUAUCAAUGACUGAAAUUGGUGCACAUAAAUGGAGGCUUAUGAGUUUUGUGACGAUGAUGCUGAUGAACUUUGUGUUCGCUUCGAUGUUCGCUUCCGCGGAAAGAAACGUAAUGACGGAAGAUGUGUCCGCAGUUGCAAGCUAUGGCGAUGGCGAUAACGAUGAAUCGAAAAUGGAGUAUGUCAUGAAGUUGACGAACUAUUUGUUCGAAACAGAUGGAUCGGGUUAUCACCAUAUCUGGCCUGAAAUGAAACUUGGUUGGAAAAUAGUUCUUGGGAGCAUCAUUGGAUUUUGUGGAGCAGCAUUUGGAAGUGUUGGUGGAGUUGGAGGCGGGGGUAUUUUCGUCCCAAUGCUUACCCUAAUUAUCGGUUUUGAUCCUAAAUCCGCCACUGCAAUUUCAAAAUGCAUGAUUAUGGGAGCAGCCGCCUCGACUGUGUACUAUAAUCUAAAGCUGAGGCAUCCAACACUUGACAUGCCAAUAAUUGACUAUGACCUGGCACUUCUAAUCCAACCAAUGUUGAUGUUAGGAAUUAGUAUUGGAGUGGCAUUUAAUGUAAUUUUUGCCGAUUGGAUGGUCACUAUUCUUCUAAUUGUUCUUUUCAUAGCCACAUCAAGCAAGGCCUUCUGUAGAGGUGUUGAUACAUGGAAAAAAGAAACCAUCAUGAAAAAGGAGGCUGCUAGGCGUUUGGAGAAUGGUAGCCAGGCGGAAUACAAGAUUCUUCCCGGUGGUCUUAACAAACCCGAUCGACCAAAAAAAGAAGAGGUCUCUGUCUUUGAAAAUGUUUGUUGGAAAGAACUCGCGCUUCUUGUCUUUGUUUGGAUUGCAUUUCUUGCUCUCCAACUUGCGAAGAAUUAUACAUCUAAUUGUUCAACAUGGUAUUGGGUGCUCAACUUAUCACAGAUUCCAAUUUCUUUUGGUGUAUCGGGGUAUGAGGCAAUUAGCCUAUACAGAGGAACAAGAAUUAUAUCCUCUAAGGGAGACUCCACCAAUCUUACCAUAGGACAGCUAGUAUUGUAUCUCACAUGUGGUGUUUUAGCUGGUAUGGUUGGUGGAUUACUUGGUUUAGGUGGAGGUUUUAUUAUGGGCCCACUCUUUUUGGAGCUUGGUGUACCUCCUCAGGUUUCAAGUGCAACUGCCACGUUUGCAAUGACAUUUUCGUCCUCGAUGUCUGUUGUGGAAUAUUACCUUCUAAAGCGUUUCCCUGUUCCUUAUGCGCUUUAUUUUCUUCUUGUGGCAACAAUCGCUGCUUUUGUGGGGCAACAUGUGUGCAAUAUCAUUAGGUGGAGUUGGAAUUUCUAA